AUGCUCUCGGUGCUGAUCGGCAGCCUCGACUUCAUCUCCUUACUCGACCGCGCGAAGGACAAAGACUCCCUGAUGGCCAAGCUGCGCACCGAGGAGCCGCCGAUCAUUAGUGUGCCGGCAUUUGAGCGGACGCCGAGCAACCAACAACAACAACAGCAACAACAACCCCACCAGCAGCAACCGCCGCAGCAGCAGGCCCCUGGCCCUCCGGGCCCUCCCCAACCUGUCCCGCCCGGCCCGCCGCACCUCAUCCACAUGCCCCCGGGCCACGGUCAAAUGGGCCAAAUGCCGCCUGGGUACUACCCGCCGGGCGCCGGCAUGCCGGGCGGACCCGGCGGACCGCCGCUGACACCCGGCGGAAUGCCGAUGCACCCGCAGGGCAUGGAUCCGCACUAUGCGAUGCAGAUGGAGCAGCGCCACCGGAUGAUGCAACACCAACAACAGCAACAAGCCGCCGCCAUGGCCGCCCAGCAGCAACACCAACAACAACAGCAGCAAAUGGCCCAACAGCAACAGCAACAAAUGGCGCAGCAGCAACAUCCACAGACCCCGACGAUGCAACAGGCUCCGACGCCUGGCCUCCAACGACCCCCGGACCAGAAAGGCACGCCACAGCCUGGAGAAGCCCCGGCGCAGAGCGGAAGCGCACAGGGCAGCAGCGGAACUGGGACGCCGGCCCCGCCCGGAACCCCCGGCAUCCCGCCGACGACACCAGGAGGCCACCAGUACUACAACGCCUCGACCCCGCUCGCCGCGCCGCAUUCCGUGACGCCGCAGCCCCGGCCACCGAGCUUCGGCCCCGGGACGCCCGGCCCAACCGCUCCUCCCCAAAUGUUCUCGCCGCCCCACCACCCGCACAUGGCACCCCAGCAAAUGGCACCGAUGCAUGGGCAGCAGAUGCAUCCCCACAUGCAAAUGCACCCGCAGCAGGCCCAGAUGCACCCGAUGAUGCAGCAGCAGAUGCAGAUGCGGAUGAUGCAGCAGCAGCACCACCAGCAGCAGAUGAUGAUGGCGCAGCAGCAGCAGCAACAACAACACCAGCAACAACAGCAGCAGCCGUACGGCCGCCAGCCGCCGCAGCCCAUGCAACCGAUGCAGCAAAUGCAGCAGAUGCAGCCGAUGCCCGCCGCCCAGGAGGAGCCCGCACCACCGCCGAAGAAGAAGGCGCGGAAGCCGACGAAGAAGCAGCAGAAGGAGAUGGCGGAGCAGGCGGCUGCUCAACAGGCGGCCGCCCAAGCAGCAGCCGGGCCACCCGUUGGCUACUAUCCGGACGGCCGGGCCAUCCACCCGGCAGCGAUGGAGGGCAGACCGGUCGGGCCGAACCCGAUGAUGAUGGGCGGCUAUCCGGGAGCCCCGGCAGGGUAUGGCGGGGCUCCAGAAGCCGAGGGAAUGUCGGGAAUGAUGUAUGGCCAAGGACCGCACCCCGGCCAAAUCGGCGGCCCCGGCGGCAUGUAUCGCCGAGAUUCCGGCGGUCCUAUGGUCGGCACCCCGACGACACCUUACACGCCGCAUAGCCAUCCGCCAUCACAGCAUAACACCCCCGAAACAACGCCCACGCAUCAUCGACGAAGCGACGGUGGUGGCACCCCGUUUGCCCAAAACACUACCCCCACCAGCCAACCCGGACCCUCCGUCGGCCCUCUCGGCUCCCUACCCAACGACGAAUUCGACAAGUUCGACACCAAGUUCGGCCUCGACGGCCUUGGCGAAUUCUCCGACCUCGGCGACAUCGACUUGAGUGACAUGAGCGACCUGGGAGCUUUGCUCGGCCCCGAACUAGAUGGCCCCCGCAACGGCAGCAACGGCGAUUUGGACACCACGAUCGAGAGUGUGGCCCACGGUCCCGGGCAGCAGCAGCCCGGCCCCUCGCAUAUCCCGGCAAUGGGACAAUCGCCAAUGAUGUCGGGGAUGCGGCCGAUGAGCGGAAUGCCCACCCAGCAGCAGCACAUCUACGAAAAUGGGCAGCGGCCGACGAUGAAUGGACACGCUGAGCAACCACCCCCUCAACAAAUCGCGCUCCCGAACGGCGCGCGGCGGCCGCCCGGCCCGCCGCCGGCCCCGGACGCCAAGACGGCUGGCGACGACGAGGUGGCCGAGCUGGUCGCCAAGCAUCCCGGUGCCCCAUCU